AUGUCCGAAGCAGGAAGAAACCUUCGUCCCCGCAAUAAACCGGGCACGGUUGCCCCCGCGUCGUCAAAUCCGACUCCGUCGUCGGGUCUCACCACCUCGGCGGAGACAAAUACGUGGAGCAAAGGCACCGGCGGCAACCCAGACGAAGAGCGUAUAGUCAGUGAUAGCGAAUCCGUAGAAUUCGACCACACGGUUAGGAGUCGUGAAGGCACAUUGGUCGGGCAACCAAUCGCGAGUAAAAGCCGCGCCGCGCCCGCGAAAGGUAGUCGCGCCGCGUCCGCGAAAGGUAGUCGCGCCGCGUCCGCGAAAGGUAGUUGCGCCGCGUCGCAAAGGGAUAGUAAGUUAGCAGUUCUAAUGGCCGAGCUCGAAGUUCGUAAAGCCGCCUUGGUUGUUGCUCAGAGGCAGAACGAAACCGCACAGAUUAAGUUGCAGAUUGCGCAAUGUGAAGCGCAAUCUGACUGUGCAAGCGUUUCGUCGGCUGCUCACGAGCGCACCAAGAGUUGGGUAGAACGACAGGCUAGGCAUACGGAGCUCGCGAAAACCGAGAAUGUCAUUCCCGCGCCGACUAGCAAAAUUGAAGUUAAGCCCGAGCGUCCUAAACCGUACGGUAGUCAUUUCGCGCCGAUAGUCCACAAACCUCCUGAGUUGCCUAGCUUCGACGGCAACGUAACAGAAUGGAUAGCUUUCCGCGCGGAAUUCAACGACACUUCGCCUAUGUUCAGUGACGUAAACAACAUUAUUAGCGGACCGCCACAUCUUCCCGUAGCUAGUCUCACGCGAUUAGGCUGGGUUUUGCACGGACCAGAUAAGACGACCCGCGCCGCGGUACAUUUCGUAGGGCACGCUAGGCCUAAGACCGCGGACGACGAAGCCGUCGAAUUAAUGAAGCAGCAUUUCGAUAUCGAGGCGUUAGGUGUGUCAAAACAGCUGCCUAGGGCCGACCCGGAUCAACGCGCGUUAGAUAUUUUAAGGGCAACGUGCGAAAAGAUACCGGGGGAGAAUAGGUAUCGAGCGGGACUAUUAUGGCGGAGCGAUGACGAAACUCUCCCAGACAAUCGCGCGCAGGCGUUAAAACGGUUAUAUAGUUUAGAACGAAAAUUAGACCGCGACGCGAAUCUUAAAGCCGAGUAUUCGAAGCACAUGAACAAUUUGCUAGAGAAAGGCUACGCGGAGAAAAUGGACUCGCCCCCGCCCCCCGACUCGCCCCGGGCAUGGUAUCUCGCGCAUUUCCCGGUUUUUCAUCCGCAACGUGGAAAAAUGCGUCUAGUUUGGGACGCAGCGGCUAUGGCCUACGGCAGGUCAUUAAAUAGCGCGUUACUGGCCGGGCCAGACUUGUUAGAGUCGCUAUUCGGAGUAUUGGUUCGCUUCCGCGAGGGAAAAAUCGCGGUAAUAGCGGACGUUAAAGAAAUGUUUCUCCAGAUCGAGAUUAUGGAACAGGAUCGGGACGCUUUACGUUUCGUUUUUAGGGGGGAGGACCGCGACGGACCGCCGCAGGAAUAUAGAAUGAAAAGGCUAAUAUUCGGCUCAGCGUCGUCACCUACCACCGCGCUGUAUGUAAAAAACGAAAACGCGAAAGAACAUAGUGCAGAGUUUCCGAUCGCUGCGGAGAAAACGAUCAAAAAUACGUAUAUGGAUGACAUGUUGAUAGCACUCGACAUGAGCGAACAGGAAGCUAGGCGCGUUGUGAACGAUGUUUACGAACUGAACAUGCGCGCGUCGUUUGAACUUCGAGGUUUCGCGUCAAAUCAUCCGGAGGUGAUCGCGGACGUAGUCAACAGUAAGGAGGAGACUACGGUCAUAGGCGCUAGCGAUAGCGAACGCACGCUAGGCUUAAAGUGGAAUCAUAAACGCGAUACGUUAGGGUUUAACGUGAAUUUUAGGAACACGCCCGAAAACGUACUCGACGGCCGCGAAUUACCCACAAAAAGGCAGGUCACGAGUAGUGCGAUGUCCAUAUUCGACCCCAUAGGUUACAUUAGCCCCAUAUCAGUGCUAGGUAAAGCGUUAAUGCAAGAGAUAUGGCGCACUGGGAUCGGUUGGGACACGCCCAUUCCCGUUACGCUCGCGCCCGCCUGGCGUUCGUUUAUAGAAAACGUACAGCAGUUAAAACAGCUCGAAAUUCCUAGACACGUACCCGCGUACAACCGCGAAGCGCACAUGCAUGUAUUUUGCGACGCUAGUGAAAAAAUAUACGCCGCGGCCGUGUAUCUGGUUAGCAUAACGCCCGAGGGAGAGCGUACGUCCGCGUUAGUAGUAGCCGCAAAGGCCCGCGUCGCGCCUCUUCGCGUAGUUAGCAUUCCACGAAUGGAAUUACAGAGCUGUGUGCUAGCCACGCGUCUAGCAGAUACGAUAAUAAAAGAGUCGGACUACGUAAUUAAGGAAAAAUAUUUUUGGUCAGACUCGAAGACGGCACUCGCUUGGAUUCGCUCAGACCCGCGUAAAUAUAAGACGUACGUCGCUCAUAGGUUAGCUGAGAUAGAAAACACUACCACCCCCGCUAACUGGCGAUGGGUGCCUAGUGCCGCUAACGUAGCGGACGACGCCACUCGGGGCGUCCCGGCGCAUUUUGGGGCCGACCACCGGUGGUUCGUUGGGCCAGAAUUCAUACGGAAAAGCGAGUCUUAUUGGCCGGUAGAAAAAACGCUCGCGCCUGUCGCAGACACGGGCGAAGAGCGCGCAGCGAAAGUAGUUUGCUCGCUAGGCGUUACUAGGAAAACGUUCGACUACCUACCAGAUAUAAAUAGGUUUCCGCGUUUUAAACGUUUAGUUAGAGUCACUGCUCUCGUUCUGGUUGCCGCUGAGGCUUUCAAAGCCUUAUUGCUCAAAAAGAAAACGGAAACAGAAAUGAACAAUGAACAUAUCAGACUGGCGGAGAUAUUGCUCAUUCGUCGGAGUCAGCACGCGUCAUUCCCGGAGGAAAUUAAGUUGCUGGAAACUGGGCGCGCGCUACCUAAGAAAUCACCGCUGCACAAGGUCGCUGUGAAGCUGGAUAAAAACGGGAUCAUCACUCUGAACGCGAGGAUCGACAAAGACGUCCACAUCCCAGUGCUGCACGCGAAGGAAGAUUUCACGAAUUUGCUGAUAUAUCAUUUUCACGCUCUGUACAAUCACGGCAACCACUCAACCGUCAUUAACGAGCUGAAACAGAGAUAUUAUAUUAUCGGGCUGCGCGGCACAAUACGAUAUAUUACAAACAAGUGCCAAUGGUGUCGGACCUAUAAAGGGACUACCCUCAAAGUUCCCGUAGGCGACUUACCAGCAGAGAGGCUCCAGGCGAAUCAACCGCCAUUCACUGCCGCCGCCGUCGAUUUGUUCGGCCCGAUGAAUAUUACAAUAGGCCGCCGCCGCGAAAAGAGAUGGGGAGUGUUGUUCACUUGCCUCACAACUCGAGCUGUACAUCUAGAGCUUGCCGCCUCCUUAUCGGCAUCCUCCAUGAUACUAUCACUAAGAAGAAUGAUAGCUCGACGCGGCGCGCCUACAGUUCUGUACUCGGACAACGCCACUAACUUUUACGGCGCCGAGAGAGAACUAGCGGAAGCUAAGAGAACACUGCCUGACAGCUUGAAGCCCUUCCUGUCCGAACGCGAGAUGACCUGGAAGAAGAUUCCACCUGGAAACCCCUCAGCAGGCGGCGCGUGGGAGCGCCUGGUGGGCAGUGUUAAGACCGCUUUAAAAGUGACACUGAAAGAAAGAGCUCCUCAUGAAGAAGUUCUGCACACGCUGUUGCUAGAAGCCGAGCAUAUAGUCAACUCGAGACCGCUGACGCCAGUGAACCCAGACCUCGACGACGAAGCUCUGACGCCGAACCACUUUCUCAUCGGCCGUUCGAGCGCCCUGUCGCCGCUAGGCGUGUUCACCGACUCCGUGUUGACCCUAUCGUCAUGGAAAACAGCUCAGAACUUGGCCGAUCACUUUUGGAGGCGCUGGAUAAAGGAAUACCGGCCCAGCUUACUCCCUCGGUCGAGCGCUCAUCAGCAGGUGCACAAGCUACACGAAGGAGACAUAGUGAUAGUGGCCGACGGCUCUAUGCCCCGCGGAACUUGGCCUAGAGGUGUAAUCACACAACUCUUUCCCGGCCCUGAUGGCCACGUAAGAGUAGCCAUAGUUCGUACCCGCGCAGGAGAAGUUCCUGUCAGCGCGUCUACAAGCUUCUACGCCGGUCAACGAGCGCAGUCCUGCACUCCACAGUAA